UCUCUCCCUAACAAAUGAUUAAGAAGUACCAACAUAGAGGUAUUGAAUGUUAUUAUCGCGCAUGAAGUUGUGUGUACUUUAUUCCAUGCUUGGCCUAAAAUAAUUCUUUUUUGUCAGCUUCUUUCACGUAUGCGGAAUUGCCCUUAGUCUAAAAUGGGGCGUGUAAUCAGAGCUCAAAGAAAAGGUGCGGGCUCCGUCUUCGUGGCCCAUACAAAGAAAAGGAAAGGGGCACCUAAACUUCGUUCACUUGAUUUCGCUGAGAGACACGGUUAUAUCAAAGGUGUUGUCAAGGAUAUUAUCCAUGACCCUGGUCGUGGAGCUCCCUUAGCUAUGGUUCACUUCCGUGAUCCAUACAAGUUCAAGACCAGAAAAGAAUUGUUCAUUGCACCUGAGGGUAUGUACACAGGACAGUUUGUGUACUGCGGUAAAAAAGCUAAUCUACAAAUAGGAAAUGUAAUGCCAGUUGGUGCUAUGCCAGAAGGAACCAUUGUAUGCAACUUAGAGGAGAAAACUGGUGACCGAGGUCGGCUAGCCCGUGCUUCUGGAAACUACGCUACUGUUAUUGCUCACAACCCGGACACUAAAAAGACUCGUGUCAAGCUUCCAUCUGGAGCUAAAAAGGUUAUGCCUUCUAACAAUCGUGCUAUGGUUGGUAUUGUGUCUGGUGGUGGACGUAUCGACAAACCUAUUUUGAAAGCUGGUAGAGCAUACCACAAAUACAAGGUUAAGAGGAACUGCUGGCCUAAGGUUCGUGGUGUUGCUAUGAACCCUGUUGAGCAUCCUCACGGAGGUGGUAACCAUCAACAUAUUGGUAAAGCAUCUACUGUUAAGAGAGGAACAUCUGCUGGUCGUAAGAUUGGUCUUAUUGCUGCAAGACGUACUGGUAGAAUACGUGGUGGAAAGACAGAUUCAAAGAAGGAUGAUUAGAUCAUGUGUGUACAUUUAUAAUGAAAAUAAAAUAAAAAAACGAA